GUCACACCAUUUCAACAUAUAUUUACGGAUCGAGUCGUUGACUGAUUAGUGAUUAGAGAUGAGUGGAUCAGAUGUGAAGCCAAAUCAUACCAUUUAUAUCAAUAACUUAAAUGAAAAGAUCAAAAUUGAAGAGCUGAAGAAGUCAUUGAAAGCUAUAUUCUCACAGUUUGGACACAUCCUUGAAAUCCUAGCGUUGAAGACACUGAGGAUGAGGGGACAGGCGUUUGUCGUAUUCAAAGACAUGACCAGCGCUACGAGUGCUUUGAGAUCAAUGCAAAACUUCCCCUUUUAUGACAAACCGAUGGUAUGUCUGAUUGACUGA